GCUUGCAGCAGUUAUUUUAAAGCCAUGUUCACGGCCGAUAUGAAAGAGAAAUCUAAAAACCAGAUCAGACUUCCCGGGCUCAGCCAUGCCGUACUGGAAGCCCUCGUGAAUUAUGCAUACACAUCACAGAUCCAGAUAACAAAGAGUAACGUCCAAAGCCUGCUCCAGGCUGCAGACCUCCUCCAGUUCCUGUCAGUAAAGAAAGCCUGUGAGCAGUUUCUGGUGAGGCACUUAGAUACUGACAACUGCAUAGGGAUGCACUCCUUUGCCGAAUAUCAUGAUUGCUCGGAGCUAGAAAAAGAGUCCAGGAGGAUAUUGUUAUGGCAGUUUGAAGAAGUGUGGAAGCAAGAAGAGUUUCUGGACAUUGGCAAGGAGAAGCUCUCUUACAUUCUCUCCAGGGAGAAUCUCAAUGUUUGGAAAGAAGAGGCAGCUGUUGAAGCUGUCGUUAAGUGGGUUGCACACAACGUGGAAGAAAGAAUUGAAGACGUCUAUGAACUGCUGAGCUGCAUCAAAGUGGACUUAGACAGCAUGUAUUUGAGGUCAGCUUUAAGCCUACAAAAAAAAUGCCGACUUAAUGACAACAAGAUAAGGUCACUCAUAUACAGUGCCCUGAACCUCAAUCCCAAAAGUCUUUCCAGAAGACCCACAGCAGCCAUGUAUGUGAUCGGAGGAUAUUAUUGGCAUCCCUUAUCAGAAGUGCAUGUUUGGGACCCUUUAACCAACGCAUGGGUCCAGGGAGCAGAGAUGCCAGAUCACACCAGAGAGAGCUAUGGGGUCACUAGCUUGGGGCCAGACAUAUAUGUGACAGGAGGUUAUAGAACAGAAAGCAUCGAAGCCCUUGACACCGUAUGGAUAUAUAAUAGCGAGAGAGAUGAAUGGACAGAAGGCUGCCCCAUGCUUGACGCAAGGUAUUACCACUGCGCAGUUUGCUUGAGUGGCUGCAUCUACGCGUUGGGUGGUUACCGAAAGGGAGCUCCAGUGCAAGAAGCAGAGUUCUAUGAUCCUUUAAAAAAGAAAUGGCUUCCUAUUGCAAACAUGAUCAAAG